AUGUACAGGCCCGUUCCUUUCCUGCCGAUCCUGGUGACACUCAGCUGUCUGUCUCGUGCUGAGGUUGAGACAGAGGCUGCUGUUUCCUGUCCAGAAUCCCAACAGGCCUUUGGUGGCUCCUGCUACGAGUUUGUGAGCGAACAGCACUCUUUUCUCGGUGCCCAGGCGUGGUGCGAGCUAAGUGGAGGACACCUCGCUUUUAUUCUCAAUGAGGAAACCCAAUAUUUUCUCCAAGAGCACAUUGACCCUGAGAGGGACUGGUGGCUUGGACUAGCGCCCCCUGCGUUCCCAAACCUGCAAGACUCUACUGCUGUCGAAGAUGCUCUCUCUUGGCUGAAUGGUUCACAUGUCAGCUACUCUAACUGGGUGCGCAGCCCACGGCCUGGUUCAGGCUGUGGACACAUCGUGAGAAACUCAGGCUUCCAGUGGGAGGCUACGGGAGACUGUGGCAAAAAACUGCACUUUGUCUGCCAGUUUGAGUCUGGCAGAUCCAUCGUGUGUGCAGGACAUAAUGCCACCCUGCAGUGCGGCACUGGUCAAAUAAUAGAAAUAGACGGUGCCUUCUAUGGUCGUAAGACAGGUCACUACUGUCGAUCCGGGCUCCCCCCUCCAGCAGCAUCCACACAGGGUCAGUGUGGCUGGGUGGAUGUUGUAGAUUCAUUAGCAGGUUAUUGCCAUGGACGCCAGGUCUGCCAGGCCAUAGCGGCUGUGGACUCCUUUGCUGAGCCCUGUCCCGGGCUGGGGAGCUAUCUGUCUGUUGAUUACCACUGUGAAGACGGACUCAAAUUGUCUGUGAGCAAGUUAGCUGCUGUCUUUGACAAUGUCACCAUCAGCGUGAAGUGGCUGCUCCAUUCUUUUGGGGGAAACCUCACCUGCAAGCUGAGCACUGGAGAUGGGCACAUUAUUUAUCUACACAGUCCAGAGUGGUCGGAGAGCAUUGUGGUGCACAAAUACAUUCAUCCGAGUGUAUUUGUGUUGGUAGCGGACAUGUACCGGCAAUGAAAUGCACAUUACAGCACAGAAAAAUAAUUACCAUUCAUGAACGUAUCACAGGGAUUUGGUGUCAUCAAAUGCUUCACUAGGAGCCUGUCAUUAGAAGCAGCAAACUGCAAAGCCUUUUAUGGAAGACCGUUUGAAAUUCAGUUGGUGGUAGAAGCAGGGUACAAUGUGACCUACAAAAUCCAGAGUGGGGAAGCGUUGGUGUCAAGUUCAUCUGUGGUCCGAGGGAUUGUUCAGAACGUCACAGUUAGCUCAGAGUGGGUGGAGCAGCUCGGGCUUUGGCUGCCCCGGCUAACCCUUUACGCAUCUAACAUGGUCACAUUCCCUGGAGUGUCUACGACCUGCAGGUGUGUGUGGUUGGAGGAUGGUGGCAGGGCUCCAGGCCUCGUGCGGGAUGCCGCAGCAGACAGCAGCCCCUCAGUGGAGGCCCUGCAGGCUGUAGUGGACAACACUGUGGCUCAGCUGCAGGACAAGGCCGCUGUCAGGGGAGACCCUGGGACAGAUUUCCAGUCUGUGUCCAACAUACUCAUGGUCAAUCUGAUGAAUCCCAAAAAGCCACCAAGGCAAGAGCUGCGCGAGGAGAUGCUGAGCAGAAUGAUUAGCACCGUGAAGGAGGUUCCCAACAAGACUCCACAGCAAGUGAUGAUAGCCAGAGGACUGGCUGCCGUCAGCAAGAAAGGAGAUGAGCUUAGCCCCUCUGCCCAGCUAGAGGCUUCAUCACUGGCUGCAAAUCUCAGCUCCUCCCUCCUUACCAUGGACGUGGAGGAUGAAGAAGGCAAGAAGGCAGUGCACGCCGCUGCUGUCUCCAUUUUGGGGGCAGUGAGCAAUAUCCUGGAGUAUUCUUCACAUAAAAACGUCUCUGAUGUCCUCCUCAUUGGUAUGAACAACAUACAGAGCGCAUUGUUAAGACUGAAAAAAGUUAAUGAGAGGCCUACCUUUGUCCACCAACCUCUUAUUGAUGUGUUUGUUAAACGAGUGACUGCAAGACAUUUGCAGACUCAGUCUAUAAAUAUUCCACUGAGUUCCUCUGCCAAAUUUUCCCUCCCAUCCCUUCCUGCUAACAUCAUUCCUUCUGAGGAACCAGUGGAUGUGCGAAUGCUAAAUUUAAAGAAGAACCCAUUUUCCUGGAGUGGAAGUGGGAACAUCAGCGGGCUGGUAGGCGCUCUGUCCCUCACCAGAGAGGACGGCUCCAACAUCCCUGUGGGGAACUUGACCGAGGAUGUUGAGAUCCUCUUGCCGAGGCCUGCUGGAGAGCUGGUGAGCACCUCCGUUCUGGACCUGAGGAACUACAGCACAGUGGGCUUUACUGUUCCUUCACCUGAGUCCACCCUAGUGUUGAAGAUUGAGCCUUCGGAGGAUCCUUUACCCUUCAUGCUGUUGCUUGGUCAUGAGGAGUAUCCCACCAGCACAAAUUAUGUAGCCAUGACACGGAUGCCUCAGCAGGGAGCUACACAAGAGGAGAGAUACACUUGGUUACUGGAGCCUAAGGAUUUGAAAGGAAACACUGGGAAACACUACCUUCUUGUGAGGCCAAUAGUGGGCCCAGGAAUCAAAACUGUCAAUGCCAGUUUAUCCAUAACCUCCAUUGCUUCUCACUGUAAAUACUGGGAUGAAUCAAAAUCAGACUGGAGUGAUUAUGGAUGCAGGGUUGGUGUUCAGACGACAUCUUUGGUGACGCAGUGCCUCUGCACCCACCUCACUUUCUUUGGGAGUUCUUUCUUUGUCACUCCUAACCUUAUUGACCUAUCACGCACAGCUGAGCUAUUUGGGACCUUUGCUGAGAACCCCGUGGUUGUGUGCUUUGUGGGAGCGCUUUUUGUGGCUUAUCUCAUUGUGGUUGUCUGGGCACGUCGAAAAGACAUUCAAGACAGAGCAAAGGUGAAUGUGACUGUGCUGAAGGACAAUGAUCCCAGGGAUGAAUAUCGCUACAUACUGAGUGUCAGCACUGGACAUCGGCAAGGGGCCUCCACCUCCUCUCAGGUGACAAUAACUUUGCUGGGCACAGAGGGAGACAGUGAGCCACAUCACCUGACAAAUCCAAAGACACAUGUGUUUGAGAGAGGUGGGGUGGACAUGUUCAUGCUGACUACACCCUUCUCCCUGGGACAGCUGCAGAGCAUCCGGCUGUGGCACAACAACUCAGGGCGGCACCCUGAUUGGUAUGUGAACAAAGUCCUGGUGCAGGAUUUACAGACUGAACAGAAGUGGCAUUUUCUGUGUAACUCCUGGCUUGGCAUAGAUGUGGGUGAUUGUACUGUUGAUAAAGUUUUCCCUGUUGCAACAGAGAUGGAUUUGCAGAGGUUCAGUAAUUUGUUCUUCAUGAAGACAGCCAAAGAUUUCAGCGAUGGCCACCUCUGGUUCUCUGUAAUUAGUCGACCACCCAGCAGCACCUUCACCCGGGUACAGAGGGUGUCCUGCUGCUUCUCCCUGCUGCUCUGCACCAUGCUGACCAGCCUCAUGUUCUGGGGCAUCCCGACAGACCCCUCCGAGCAGACCAUGGACCUGGGUCACUUUGAGUUUACCUGGCAGCAGUUCAUGAUUGGAGUUCAGAGUUCACUCAUCAUGUUUCCAGUGAAUCUGUUCAUUGUGAGUAUCUUCAGAAAUGUCCGCCCUCAUGAGAUGUCUUGUAUUAAGGCGAAACCAGAUUCUGCUGAGCAGGAGAACACCUCUCAUAUAACCUGCUCACAGUCUGCUGCCUCAAACAUGGAAGUCAAUGGCAUCACUUUGGACACAGUUAUCAAGGAUAUUACAAGAAUCGCUCAUUCACUUUCUAAGACUGUGAAAAGCAACAUCCCACAGUCGGAGUCUGAGUUUGGGCCUGGACAAGAAGUUGAUAUCAGUGCUGUUCUCACGACAGUGGAGGAUUUCAUCAGACAGAAUAACAAAACUGGUGACACCUCUGUCAGCACUCUCUCCAAAACACAGGGAUCCCACAGUCUCAUUCAGACUCAGCUCCCAGGUACCGCAGUGGAAGGCAUUGAGAAAAAGAGCAACAAAACACAGUAUCUGUACAGGCAGCUCUGUCACAUUGACAAGGAGCUGAGUCUGCUGGGCUCCUCUGGCUUCCCCGACCCAGACAGCUACGACCAGGCUGUGCAGCAGGUCCAGGGCAUGAAGGGUCUCCUCGAAGAUCAGCUCUUUACAUCCAGCUCUGGGAAUCUGGACCAACUCACCCUGCAACCAAGCCCUGCUGAGAGCACAGACAGUGGAGGUUGUAAGAUGAAAAGGGUUUGCUGUCAAGGCGGGCUGCCCUGGUGGUUUGUGUUUGUCGGCUGGCUGCUGAUCAUUGUGACCAGUUGUGUGGCUGGAUUUUUCACAAUGCUGUAUGGAUUGAAAUUUGGGAAGGAGCGCUCCAUAAGCUGGUUGAUAUCCAUGGUUGUCUCCUUCUUUCAGAGUCUCCUCAUCAUUCAGCCGCUGAAGGUGCUCUGUUUUGCAGUCUUCUUUUCUCUGGUACUAAAGAAGGUGGAGGAGGAGGUGGUUUAUGAAAAUCUGCAAUUUGUAAAGGCUGACACAAAUUUAGAUAAUCACAAGGUGGCACAAACUAUUAGCAGGGAUAGCAGAGUCUAUCAACCCCCUUCACCUGUGGACAUUGAUAUGAUGAGAAGGAACAAGAUAAAGGAAAAGAAAGCCUUUGCCCUCAUCUGGGAAAUUUUGACCUACAUGGGGUUCAUGUGGAUGCUGCUGCUUGUGGCAUAUGGCCAAAGAGACCAAAAUGCCUUUUUUCUGAACCGACACGUUCAGCAGAGCUUCAGGAAGGGGAUCUCAGACAGCAUGAGUCUCAGAGAUGUGUUCACCUGGGCAAACACUUCUCUACUCAGUAACCUGUUUGGCAUCUAUCCAGGAUUUAUCACAGAUGGGAACUCUAAGCUGGUGGGUAAUGCCCGCUUUCGUCAAGUGAGAGUACAAAAGAGCUCCUGCAAGACUGCACGCCCCCUGCUCCAGUUUGUGCCAGACUGCCACGCUCCAUACUCGUGGGAGGACGAGGACAUGGGCUCUUAUGGCUCAGGCUGGAACGGUUCUGUGGCUGAUAAUAGCUCACAGAGCCCCCCCGACCCCUGGAUGUACCAGACACAGGCUCAACUCAGGGCUCACCCUAUCUGGGGCAAAGUGGCGUUCUACAGGGGAGGCGGCUUUGUAGUGGAGCUUGGCCCUGAUUUACAAAAUGCCAGCAGCACCCUUCAGCAUCUCUUUGAAAACACCUGGCUUGACAUGUAUACAAGGGCCAUCUUUGUUGAGUUCACCGUGUACAACGCUAACGUCAACCUCUUCUGCAUUGUCACUCUCUUGCUGGAGACAACAGCCAUUGGGGCAUUUCAGUUCCGCAGUGAGCAACAAAGUGUUCGUCUUUACCAAUUCCCCGGUGGUUUUCACAUCUUUGUUCUGGCUGCCGAGAUCAUAUACUACCUGUUCAUCCUCUAUUACAUGUUCCUUCAGGGAAAACUGAUGAAGCAGCAGAGGUGGGCUUACUUCAGGAGCAUGUGGAACCUUCUUGAGCUCGCUAUCAUCCUAAUCAGCUGGAUCGCCCUGGCCGUCUUCAUCACACGGACCCUGCUUGGGGACCGUAAUGUGAACUACUACCACAACCACAAAGACCAAUUUGCCAGUUUCCACGAGACAGCCACAGCAGACUCAGUACUGCGGUAUGUGAUCGCCUUCCUGGUGCUUCUUGCCACAGUGAAACUGUGGCAUCUGUUCAGACUGAACUCCAAGGUGAAUUUGAUCACAGCUACACUGCAGCGGGCCUGGACUGAAAUAUCGGGCUUCCUGAUGAUCAUGCUGAUCAUGUUUCUGGCUUAUUCCAUUACUAGUAACCUGCUGUAUGGGGGAACAUUAUCCUCAUACACGACUCUAAUGGACGCUCUCCUCACCAUGAUCAGCUUGCAGCUUGGCAUCUUCAACUACGAGGAGGUCCUGAACUACAACCUGUUUGUUAGUGCGCUGCUCAUCGGUUCCUGUGUUGUGUUCAUGACCUUUGUGGUGCUGAAUCUCCUCAUCUCCGUCAUCCUAGUAGCAUUAAGCCAUGAGCAAAUACAUCACAAGCCCUCAGAUGAAGAGGAGAUUGUAGACAUGAUGUUGACAAAGCUCUGCAGUCUUUUUGGAAUCACCUAUAAAGAGGCAACAAACAGCUCCAGCCCUGAGGUGAAUGGGAGCCCUGACUCAGCCCGCAAUAAUGGCAGAGGGAUCCUAAACAACUCCUUGACUGAUCCAAACACUUUCUGACAUCUGACAACUCAGCAAAUUCAUACAGAGGAAUUGUUUCAUUUUCUUCUGCUUUAUUCAAUAUGAAAGAGAAAGAGAGAAUUUAAAUGUCCUGGAUAUCCACUUUUCUAAAUGUAAAUUUGCUCUAACUAAUGUUAAAAUUACUCUGGCAUUGAUAAUUGCUCCUGUUGGGAUGUUGUGUUUUUGCUUGCCCCUCGCUGGGAGGUCAGAACACAAUGUGAUGCUUUAUGAAUAUGUUAUGAUAGAUAAUCAUUGAUUACAGAAUCAAAACACAAAUUGUUUGCGUGGAAGGACGAGCUUUUACUGGAGAGACAUACACAUUACUACUGUUACUAUGGCUUCACGGCUUCGGUGUAGUAAUGGCUCAGAUUUGA